UACCGUUAUCGAUGUGUGCCACAUGCCAAAUGAGCAGCUGAAUCCGUCACCUAACCUGGUAAUGAAUAGCUACCCUAGGUAGACAACGUGGGGCAUUAACUUUAGGUACAAAAACAUUAGAAUUUCCAAGUUUAAAAGUCUCGACUCUCCAGUAACUACAUUUACCUCUCAGAGCUAGAAAAGUUAAUUCUGUAAUUCUGGAAUUUAAACAAAGCAAAUACGUCGGUGGCGAUCUUGCGUCUGGGAUAUUACAGGUUUCUUUCUCUAUUAAUGUCUCUCACCGUUUCAGACAUCUUCUGGAGAUAGAUUAUUAUUUCCGUACUUCGUACUUAUACAUACCUUAGAGAAGGGUAUGCUCUAAUACCGGGUACAUCCAUUUGCUUCUAAUGGCCGAUGUGACUGAACAACCCGUUGCCAAGGCCAGCAUCAGCCAGCCUUCUCAACCCUCAUCCCAGCCUCCUCACGAUGCUAUUUAUGAGAUAAUUGAAAAUGAGGACCAGGAGGCACAGGCAAAGGCAAAGGCAAAGUUAAAAGAGCCUACCUUCCCUCUGCUGCAGAACAAUGCUAGUAGCGAAACUCUGCUUCAGACUGUCCAGACUCAGAAACGGACGGUAGAGGACGACAACGAAGAGGAACCAGCUGUAGCGCGGCCUUUCGUCCGGACAAGCAGUCCUGAUCUACCAUCCAGAGUGGCGACCCCGCCCGAGGAAGAAGAGGAGCGGGCACCUAUUCGAUCAGCUUACAAGAUGCACAAGUUUACCUUGUACGAGACCGCAAGCCGGUAUUAUAUCGUGGGAGGAGAUGUGACCGAGAAGCGUUACCGGAUUCUGAAGAUCGACCGUAAUACUCACGACUCAGAUCUGAAUAUAACUGAUGAUGGAAUCAUAUAUAACCAGAAGGAAAUGAAUUCGCUACUGAACACCAUCGACGACGGAAACAAGGGUACCGGCGGCAUCAAGCAGAGAUGCACGACAUGGGGAAUUCUAGGCUUUAUCAAGUUCACUGGGCCGUACUAUAUGCUUCUGAUCACCAAGAAGGGCACCGUUGCCAUGAUCGGGGGCCACUAUGUGUAUCAGAUUGAUGGAACUGAACUGAUUCCUCUGACCCCAGCAAAGUACAAGACCGACGCUCGGCACGUGGAAGAGCAGCGCUUUUUGAACAUUCUCAAGAACCUGGACUUGACGACCUCGUUUUAUUACAGCUAUUCCUAUGACAUUACUAGAACAUUGCAGCAUAAUAUCACCAGAGAGAGAAUUGCCCUUCUGAAUGGAAUGCCCGGUACAACGUACGACGACUAUAACUCUAUGUUUAUCUGGAACAGCCAUCUUUUGCGACCAGCCGAGGACGCAAUCACUGACCCUUUCGAUUGGUGUCGCCCCAUCAUACAUGGGUAUAUCGAUCAAGCUGCCAUAGCUAUAUAUGGUAGAACGGCACAUAUCACCAUUAUCGCCCGUCGUUCCCGCUAUUUCGCUGGUGCUCGUUUCUUAAAGCGCGGCGCGAAUGAUCUAGGCUACGUAGCCAACGAUGUCGAAACAGAACAGAUCGUCUCUGAAGCCUUGACGACUUCAUUCCACUCUCCAGGCCCUAAACUUUUUGCUAACCCCCAGUUUACCUCCUACGUUCAACAUCGAGGAAGCAUUCCUCUUCAUUGGACACAAGACAAUAUGGGGGUUACUCCGAAGCCGCCAAUUGAGUUGAAUCUCAUCGAUCCAUUCUACACAGCAGCAGCCUUGCAUUUCGAUAAUCUGUUUGAGCGAUAUGGAUCUCCGGUGUACGCUCUAAACCUCAUCAAGGCUCGGGAAAGAACUCCGCGUGAAUCUAAAUUGUUGGACGAGUACACAAACGCCAUUAACUACCUGAAUCAAUUUCUCCCCGAAGGUCAUAAGAUCAUCCACAAGGCCUGGGAUAUGAGUAGGGCUGCAAAGAGUAAGGAUCAGGAUGUAAUUGGCACGCUCGAAAACAUUGCCGAGACGGUUGUGACAACAACCGGGAUUUUCCACAAUGGUGAUGGCGAGAUCACGCAAACAAGUAUUCAGAAUGGCGUUGCCAGAACAAACUGCAUAGACUGUUUAGAUCGUACCAACGCAGCUCAGUUUGUCAUUGGAAAGCGAGCACUGGGACACCAGCUUCAUGCCCUGGGUAUGUUGGAAGACACCACCAUCGACUACGAUACAGACGCCGUCAACCUUUUCACUCAUAUGUACCACGACCAUGGCGACACCAUUGCGGUCCAGUAUGGUGGGUCGCAGCUGGUGAAUACAAUGGAAACAUAUCGCAAGAUAAACCAAUGGACAAGCCACUCCCGCGAUAUGAUAGAAAGCUUCAAGCGAUAUUACAACAACUCCUUUCUCGAUAGUCAAAGACAGGAGGCUUAUAAUCUCUUCCUUGGAAAUUAUAUCUUCGCCCAGGGGCAACCCAUGCUAUGGGACCUCUCCACAGACUACUACCUCCAUCACGCUGAUCCUCGCACGUGGCUGCAAAAGCGAAAGCAUAACUACAUUCACUGGUACACGCCAGAGUAUCUGGAAAAGCGCACCAUUCCCAAUUUCGUGCUACCAAAAGGGGAGAUGGCCAAAAAGUCUGUUUCCUUCUUUGAUGACUACUGGCUGGAAUACUAUCGACCGUCAACACUCUCCUCUUUCCCGAAAAUGUUCCCAUACAAGAUGAACUCGACCAUCAAGUACAUACCAUUUAAAUCAACGCAGGAAGGCAAAUACGAUCUCAGCCCCUUCCGUGUCCGCACCGAGGGUGACUCAGAGGUACAGGAGAAAAAGAAAUCCACGGCAAAGAAGGAGGUCACCAUCGUUGAUCCUCAAGAAUCACUGAAAGCGGCGCCUGACGACGACUCCGAAUCUGCGAUAACAGAAAAGGCUAGUGCCCGAGGCAUCUCCAUUCAGCGCUGGCUGCAACCGAUGCAGCCAGACAGGGGCCCGACGAUACCGCAUAGUAUCAUGAAGGACUCGGCGGAAAGUCGCGACUAUUAUAAGCCCAAGCAAACCCCCCAGGAGAAAACCAAAGCCGCGCAGUGGACUUUUGCGAAUAUCGUUCAAGAGUCGCUUAACCCGUCCGUGAGCGCACAAGAAACGGAAGACUACGCGCGAUACAUUAGUCAUCCGCAGAGUCUCCCACUCGUUAUUUCCAAUGAGGCACCGCCGGAUGUUGAUUCCUCGGAAUACCAAGAGUACCUCAAUGGCAGCUGGCACAUAGAUGGGCUAGCUCCGAAUAGCUCGGACGAUGACAUCGACGCGUACACCGACCUGCUUCGGAUCGGCGACAACCCACUGACGGUUACGGAUGAAGAUUUGCCGAAGAAGCGGUACAAGGCCUAUAGGAAAUGGCUCCGGGGAAAGUCCCUCUUCAAGCAGCAGCCGGUCGAUUAGGACUCUUCCGCGCACACGCCGACGAGUGACACCUUUGACGACUUGGGGUCCCCUUGAUGAUGGUAGAGUGAUGCUUCUUCUGUAUGAUGUGUCGAUGAAUUUAACAAUGCUCAAAUCAUAUCAUUUGGAAUUUACGGGUAGUUUUUAUUUCUGUUAAAAAGGUUGUCUAGUUGUGGUUCCUUCUCAAUAAGAGGCAUCACGCGUUCGCUUAAAUCAACAUGGGCUGCUUUCAUCACGGCGGAUAGCAUAUCGGCGGUCUCGGCUAACUUUGCU